AUGGACCCCGACCCAUCACCCGAUAAACCGAAGACACCGAUUCCAACACCGGAGCUCCGAAUCGAGACUGAUGGAGGAGGUGAUGAAGAAAUGACACCAAUCAGAACACCCGCCUUAUCAUCACCCGCCACCUCAUACACAACGGAUCGAGAAAUGGUCUAUCCGGGUCGCUCUGGGACUCUCGCUGAGACGCACUUGCUGAGAUCAACUGGCGUGCAAAAUGAAAGCUACACGGAAGAGCAUUGGGAGAGCGAGAUCAAAUCUUUCGUCACCACCGCUCCACCAAGAUUCGUUCAAGUGAUCAAAGCGUAUCGUGUCCUCUCCACUGACAUUCUCACUCUUGUCGUUGAGGUUGCCUCGGAUCCCCCAGCACUCUUCGACUGGUAUUGCAAUGAUCGAUCGGUGAUGCAAGAUCGUCGCCGUUUCCAAACGCGACAUGGGCUGAAUAUCACUACGCUCACUGUCGUCAAUCCGGAAAGAGGUGUCUACAAAUGCACGGCGAGAAACCCGGCCGGCACGUCGACCACCUAUGGAUACAUUGCUGUCAAUUCACCUCCUCGUUACCAAGAUUGGAGUGUGACAAGGGAAGAGGUGAGAGAACCCGAUCGAGUCUCACUCACGAUCAACGCCGCUCCACGUUUCAUUCAUCAGGUUCCAAAUCUGACCUUAAAACCGGGUUCCGAAGCAGUGAUCGAUGUCGAAGUUGAUGCCAAUCCACCAGCCAGAUUCUCGUGGUUUGUGAAUGGAUACGAAUUCCGUGAUACAACCGGGAAAAUUCAAACCUUUUUCCCGGGAGACAAUCGAUGUGUCGCUCGUUUCCCGAUGCCUGUCUCUGGCGAGUACCGUGUCGUGGCGGAGAACGUUCAUGGACAAGCGAUCAGCAGUGGAAUCGUUGAGGUGGUGAAAGAUUCAUCGAAGAUUCACCGUCCUCCAGUGGCUCCAGGAGAGCACAUCGCGAGAAGUGCUCUCACCGCUGGCGGAACUCCGCGAAUGUCACGAGCUGAUCGAGCGGAACUUGCAAGCUCUGCUAUCGAGCGAUCGGACAGCGCCACUCGGACGAGAACCGAAGAAGUUUAUGAGGUCAACUAUCACCAACGAUCGAACAGUCUGCCGCGAGGUGUCCGCCAUUUGGAGAAACACAUGGAGUUUAGCCGUUUUGAGAGAGAUGGACGAUCACAGGAGCGUGCCCACGAUGAGGACAAUCCACCACCAUUUAUGAUUCGAAAAGCGACAAAAGAGUCUCGCUUCCUUCCACAAGCGCCAAUCUUUGUCACUCAACUUCCACAAGAAAUCGUCGUGAAUCAAAAUGAGCGCUUGGUGCUGAGUGUGGAUGUUUCGGCGCUUCCACAAGCCGAUAUUCGAUGGAAUGUGAAUGGUUUCGAGUUGAAGCCGAGUCGACACGUAGCCGUGUUAAAUGAGCAAAAUCGAUCAACGCUUGUCGUGAAUCCGCCAGUGAAACAGGGGAAAUACAAUGUGAUUGCAAGCAAUGAUAUGGGAAGAUCCACACUGAUCACAAAAGUGCGAACAAUUGUCACGGAAACGAUUGAGAAUAUUGAGACUGUGAUUUCGAUUGGAUCAAAGAGCGAGAAGUCAAAAGAUCAACCACCGGAAAUCGAUUCGUUGAUUGCAUCAAUGGAACACGACGAGAAAAGCUCGGAGCAUUCUGGAGACACAAUUUUGAUGAGAACCGAGACACCGGAGGGAGUUCAAAUUGUGCCAAUCUCAAGUCGAAGUGAAUCGGAGAAUCGAGAGAUCGAGAAAACUGAAGUGAGCACAAGUUAUACGAGAAAUGUUAUAAAGAAUUUGGCUGCAGAAGAGAUUCCACAAAGACCACAAUUCGUCGAUUCACCCAUCAAUCAGAUCCACGUCGAGCAGGGAAAUCGAUUGAUUUUAGAGUCUAGGGUUCACUCAAUUCCCCCAGCCACUUUCCGAUGGUUUGUGAAUGAUUUUGUUGUGAAGAGUGGCCAGUUUUUGAGCAUUGAAGAAUCGCCGAACUAUAGCCGAGUCGUUUUUGAACGUCCGGUACCUGGGAAUUAUCGAGUUGAAGCGCGAAAUGAUUUCGGAAUGAUAGAAACGGUGACAAGAGUGACAACGGAAACAAUUUUCGAAGAAACUGAAGAGAAAACGAUCAUCACAACGAUGAAAACGAAAAGCGCUGAUGAAAUUCAAAAAGUUCAAUUCAAAUUGAGUAAAAGAGGGACAAUUGAACAGAAAAAAGAUCUCCCGAAAGCACCAAAGAUUGUCACGAAAUUCUCGCAAAUUCUUCACCAUCCAGAGGGUGAACCACUCGAGCUACAAGUGAAAGCUGAAGCUAUUCCAGAAGCCGAUUUCACGUGGCUUGUCAACAAUUUUGAGGCCAAGAAAAACAUUACAGUUGAACGAAUUGAUGAGAAUCAUUCGAAAGCGACUUUCCGUUUGCCGACACCCGGAAAAUAUGAAGCUAUUGCGAAAAAUUCUCUUGGUCGAGACUCUACAUCGACAAAAGUCGUCAUCGAUUAUCAAGAACGACCAAAAUCCGAGCAAUUGGCUUUGAGCAAAGUGCCAAUUCUUGUACAAAGUCUACCCGAGAAAAUCCAUCGAAUGCUGGACUCAGAUGAGAUCAAAUUCCAUGUGGUUGUUGCUGGGAUUCCACCGUUAAAGUUUCAAUGGUUUUUGAAUGAAGAAGAACUUGCGAACAGCUAUGGAACGAAUAUCAUGCGAUCAACCACUGAAUCGAGCUUGUAUCUCCGACAAGCGAUCCCAGAAGAAUCAUCGAUUAAGGUCAAAGUCUCGAAUGAAAAUGGUUCUAUUGCAAGCGAAUGCCAAGUGUUUUCACCUGGGAAAUUGCGGACCGAGGAAGUGAAAGUAUUGGCGCCGAAAUUCGAGAAAUUCUUGCAAAGUGUUGCAGUCGAGGAGCACGAGGAAAUGAGCAUUGGUGUAGCUCUGGAACUCCCUUGUGCACCGUGUCAUUUCACUUGGAGACUGAACAAUGCCGAGCUAAGCAUAAACGAGAACAUUUUGAUCGACUCAACGCCUUUCGAAAGUUUGCUCACAUUCUUAUCCCCAAAUCUUUCAAUGAACGGCGAGUUGAGUGUCCGAGCCGAGAACGAACAAGGCACAACCACCUCGACGUCGGAUUUUCGUGUGAAAAAACGUUUGGUGGUUCCCGAAGAAAACGAGCAUCCACCAAAGAUUGUCGAACCACUCCAUUCGUCAUCAUUUUUGGAUGGGCAACCAAUGGUUCUUCGUUGCAAAAUCUCGGCUCUUCCAUCAGCGAUGGUCGAAUGGUUCAAAGAUGAUUUGAGUGUUGAGACAUGGGUACUCAAUAAAGACGUAAACACGAGGAUUCUGCCAGGCGGCAUUUGUGAAUUACUCAAUCCCGAAUGUUAUCCGGAAGAUGGUGGGCUGUACAAAUGUGUGGCGAAAAACGCGUUGGGAACAGCUGAAACAUCAGCUUUCAUUACAGUCGAAGGUCUCAGUUAUCACAAAGACACUGAAGAGGCGUCAGCGGCCACUGAAUCGCUCAGUCAAAUCCCGGAAGAGAACUCAGCCUCAUUCAUUCAUCCACCAAAAUUUGUCGACCAAAUCGUCAUCGAUGCGGAAGAGCUUCUCUCAUUCCAACUCGUCCGUCUCCUUUGCCGCGUUCAAUCCACCGAAGCACUCACAAUGCAAUGGAGCAAAGACGAUCAACUCAUUUCUGGCGAUCUUGAGAAGUACGAGAUUCAUCAAUUCAGCGAUGGCGUUCAGAUUUUGGUCAUUCACGAUGCAAAUGAACAAGAUAAUGGAGUUUACACAUGCAAAGCGGAAUCAGAACACGGAUUGACAAGCACGUCGGCUGAAUUGAGAUUGCCGAUUGGAGAUGGACAACAACAAGAUAGAGAAGCCAAGAAAGAAGAAGAAGGAAAGAAAGAAGAAGAAGGCAAGAAAGAAGAAGAAGGCAAGAAAGAAGAAGAAGGAAAGAAAGAAGAAGAAGGAAAGAAAGAAGAAGAAGGAAAGAAGGAAGAAGAAGUCAAGAAGGAAGUAGAAGAAGUCAAAAAAGAAGAAGAAGUCAAGAAAGAAGAGGUAAAAAUCGAGACAAAGACUGAAGUGACUGAAGAAACGCAACUCGCUCCACCACAGUCAACCGAACACACCGAAGCGGCUCCACCAACUGAAGUAAAUCUCGAGUUUCGCACAAAGGAUUACGUCGAUCAAGCCGUUUUUGAGAAAAAGAGCAAAGAAGAUAGAGAUGGAGAUGUUACUGAAAUCAAGAAGAAAGAAGAAGAGUAUAAAUUGCUUGUCAAGGUUGCCGAUUCGGUUGCGCAUUCACUUGUUGCGAACAUUUUUGUCGAUGCGCUCAAUGAAGCGGUGAAGAUCAUUGUGAGAGAGGCACAACAAGGUGAAACCGUUGUCGGUCCACCCCGUUUCGACUCGAUCACCGAUGAGUUCACAGUUAAAGAAGGAGAUGAGCUAAAAAUUGAGACAAAAGUUCACGGAUUGCCUACACCAUUCGUUGCAUGGUAUCACGGAGAGGAGAAAAUCAAUGUUGACAAGAACACAACGAUGGCCUACGAAAAGGAAAUCGUUUCGAUCACUUUCAAGAGCAUCGACGCAACACAGUCCGGAAACUAUUACUGUCACGCGACGAAUGUUCACGGAACGGCCGUCCUUUCACUUCGAGUCGUCGUUCAGAGUGUUCCCGAUACCGAAGAUGAGAACAGUCUCCUGCAAAUGACUGUAUCAAAAUUUGUGAAAACCGAAGAUGGAUCAACGGUCAACACGAAUAUCAAUAUUUUACACAGAGAUGAGGAAUUCGAACAUAAAAUCACGGUUGUUGAGGCCGACAAAGAGACAACGAAAAUGGAAGCAGAAGUUGUCGAGAAAUCGAUCUCCGUCGACAUUCCGAUCAAAUUCGAAACCGGACAAGAGAAACCGAUGGAAUCGAUUGAGAAAACAUCGGAAGAACAAGUGACAACAAAUAUCCGCGUGAGUCGCCCGGGAUCGGCUGUUGAUCACAAUCUAUUGAUUCGUGAACCCGAAGAGGGAGUGAAAGCGAUCGUUUUGGAGAAAGAAACAAUUUUGCAUACGGAAGAAGUCAUGCAGACAAAGGAUAUCCUUCUCACCACUGGUCAACAAAAUGUCUCGGCGACCGAAUCGACUCAAACAAAAUCUCGAGUACUUUUGGAUCGACCCAUGGAAAAAGCUGAUCAACAAUUGGUGAUACCGUAUGAAGAAAAGACUCGUGUUCUCUCGGAGCGUUUCUUGGCCGCUCAAAAUCUCGAUCUUCCAUUAGAAGGAGUGAAUGAUGUGUUGAGCAGUGUGCUGGCAUUGAGAGAUCAGCAUAAAGCAUAUGAGGAAGCGAAUGUUGAGGUUCGUCAAUCCCCGUUCACUUCCGAGCACGUCGUCACCGUGCUCGAGGGUGAUUUCGAGAGUGUCCAGCUGCACAUCCAAGCUCCAUUCACACCCACAACCGUCCCACAUUCGUUCAUCAAUUUGGAAACAAUUCUACAGAAACCAUCAACGUCACAGACAGCAGACACUUCUCUCCAACGAUCAUCAAAGAAAUCAGCAAAAACCGAGCAUCGAAUUGUGAUCCUUGAAGGUGUCAGCAAGAGUUUCAAGGAAGCAAUCACAUGGAGUAUCAAGAAAGUGCAAAAAGCAUUGGGAAUCGCCGCGAGUGCAAAAGCAAGCACUGUUGUUGAGAUUUCAAAGCCGGGAGAUGAGGCGGAGAACGUGUCGGCGGUGAUGGAAAUGGAAGAGUGCAUCCCGGAAUUGCUAAACAUUGCGGCAAGUGCGGGAAAAGUUAAGAUCCAAAAUGUGUCCGUUUCCCUGGUGAAACAGGGUGAUUCGGCUCACCAAGAGCUUGUCAUCGAGUAUGAAGGACAAGAGGAAACCGAUGGACAACAAGGGAUCGCCGAUCUCCUCUUUGAUGCACAACAUUCGAAACAAGAAGAUGUUUUCCGUCGUCGUCCUCGUGCUCGUUUCGGAUCUGAAGAAGCUGAUGUGGUGGCUGUUUUCGUUGAAGUUGAUGCUAACUGUCCAGAUCAGAGUGUGGAGAUCGUUGCCACAGUGAGUUCCCCAGAAGAAGAGCUUCCGCCGAGUGAAGCCGAAUCCCGUCCACCGAUCCAACCAAAACUCAAAGCCGAGCGCUCAUUUUCCAUCUCGGAAUCCGUCUCCACGGCCGCCCUCCAAAUGCCGAAAUUUUUCAGGAAACUCUCGGAUAAACAAGCCACUCCCGGCGAGCCAACUACAUUCAAGUGUAUUAUCUCCGGUACACCCACUCCCGAAGUUCGAUGGACCGUUGACGGAGAUGAGAUUCUACAGAAUGAAGACUACAACCUUGUGUACGAGGAUGGGGUCUGUCUGCUGAAAAUCAACGAAACUUUGCCCGAAGAUGAAGGAGAAUAUCAAUGUGAAGCGAGAAAUGCGGCUGGAUCGGCGCUGACAAAAUGUUUCUUGAAAGUAUUAGGUGAAUAUCCAUCGGAGCGAGUGAUGCCUGGAAUCCGUUCGCCGCCAGGAAACACCAAAAAUGAAACGACAAAUGUGCUCCGUUUCAUUCAACACAUCCCAUCACAAUCCUCAAUUUUGGAUGAAGAAGAAACGGAUGAUGAAUUUCAUCGAAGAUUGUCACAACUAUCGAAUGAACACAUUCGACAAUGGGAUGACAGUCCGCUAGCCGUAGCUAGAGGUCGUUUAGUCACAGCUAUCUCCGAUUUUGAACUCUUUCGAAUUGUCAAUUACAACGAGGAUUUGAAAGAAACGAAUGCUUUCUAUAAAUACUUUGAAUCCGGACAUGCUAGAGUGAAAAUCAUCGAGAUUGUACAGGAAGAAUUUCUCUAUGCAGAGCUGAAAGCCAUACCUGGGAAAGUGACAAGUAAAGCUUUACCAGCAAAAAUUCCACCACCAGUUCCACCACGUCCGAGCAAAGAACUCGUAAAUUUUGUGAGAAAGACUCACUCACAAACCGAAGUUUUGAUGCAAAAUAUGGCUCAUUGUUAUGUAGAAUUGGUGAUUGAGAAAAGGUUCGAAUCGGAAUAUGAAGAAUUCAUCUUUGAGGAUUACGGAUUUGUGUUGGCGUCGUUGACAAGAAGCUUUUCUGUUCCAUUCCCCGGUUUAUGGGACUACGCUAUGUUUAAUCCGUUUGAACAUGCCGCCAGAGAAUUGAAAGAAGAAGAAGAAUUAUUGGCUCAAAGUCAAGAUAUUCAAUCAAUGGCAUUGCAAAAAGAGGAAUUAUUGGCUCAAAGUCAAGACAUUCAAUCAACAGCGUUACAAGAAGAGGAAUUAUUGAGGGAACUCGAAAACCCUGAAGAAGUUGAGAAUUGUGAGCCUAGAUUAGCUGAUUUACCCGAUCGAGUCUUGUACAAAGGGCAAGAGAUCGAGGUGACGGCUAGUUUUGUUGAAAAACCCAUAAAAGAAAAAGAUUCCGAAUAUGUAAAAGCUGUGCAAAGAUACGUUGAAGCAAUGUUCGACUUCGAUAUGCCGAUUUUUAGGCAAAAAGAAGAAAAAGUGGUGACUGUAGAAGCGGAAACGGUUCUCACAAAGAAACCGGCUUUUGAAGAAGCUGAAAUCAAGACAAAGGCACAGCCAAUCCCGAGAAAUACACGAAUUUCAAUCUCGGAUCAAGAGGAAUCCGGGGCAAGCAGCAUCUAUCCGCCAUCAUCGAUUGAUGUGAGAAAAGAGAGAAAAUCAUCACACGAAGAAAACACAGAUCUCCCGUGGUCUCAAUCGAGUAGUUUACCCAAUUCCCCGAUUAAAGACCCAAAAAGAAGUGCUGAUUCGAGUCCGAAGAAAUCAUCGACAUCUCCGGAAAAAGCCAGCCCAAAGAGGGAACCAUUAGAUCAAAAGAAUGAACAGGAGCCAUUAAAAACCGUUAGAAUUAGUCCUGAAAAGAUGAGAAUUGUGAAGACUGAAGAAAAACAACAAAAAAUCCAGUCUCCAUCAAUUGAAAUCAAAGUGGAACCAACUCGAUCCGAUUCUCGAGCUCGUCGAGAAGAAGGAAUCAAAAAUAUCGCUAAAAUCGCUAAACAAGUCGAAAAAGAACUGAGCAUUUUGGCUGCUGGAGGAAAUCCCGACAAAGAAGAAGAUGAUUUGAAAGAGAUUGAGAGCACAAUUCUGUCAGUGGCUGAGAAAUUGAUGAUCGACAAGCCCGUUUCUCAAGCACAGGCCGAAGCAAAGAAAGAGUUGUUACGGGCGACUUUAGCUGAAAUGAUUUUGAAUCCACCGAAAACUCAACCAAAUCAAAAUCAAAGUCUUCAACCAGGUCAAUCGAGAGACGAAGUGAAGUCACCGAUCCAACAAUUAAGAGAUAAUCUUGAUAUAAUUGAAGAAUCAUUGAUGGAAGAAGUGGUUGAAGGAGAUGAGAGAUCGGAAAUGGCUGAGGAUUCCGAGGUGAGAAAUAUCAUCGCUUCACCGCAAAGACCACCAAAAGACAAACCGCCGACACCCAUCGGAACAAAGAGUCCGGGAAAUAAAAUCAAGAAAGUGCCGAGUCAGGAAUUGCUGCGAAUGACACCAUUGACGACGAAUAUUCGAGAGCAGCUGGAUGUGCUAGAGAAUUUGAUUGAAGAGGCUUCGAAGGAGGAGCAGUUGAGGUGCGGUUAUGAUCCGAAAAGAGGAACACAUAGCACAAUUCAUGAUCUCUUUGUGCAGAUAAAUGCCGAAAUCAUAACGAUCAAGAAAUUCUGUAGUAAAAAGCUUUCAAAGAGAGGCGCCGAUGCGGUUGUUUCGGUCCUGCAAAAGGUGAGGGCACACAUCGCGAGCAUUGUCAAUAUUAUGCAUUUGAUAAAACAACAAGCUUUGGAAAAAGUGAAAAAUGAGCCUGAUGAACAACAAGCUUUAGGAAAAGUGAAACAUGAGCCUGAUAAGCAAAAAGAACGUGUUGAACAAGUAAAAGGAGAAGUAAAUGGGGUCAAAGUUGCUAAAUUUGAAGAAUUGAAGAAGUUAGAGGCAAAGACUGACGAGGAAAAGCCUCCAGUUCCUCUUCAUGAACCACAUCCAGUCACAAUUAAUGUCAGCUAUCAGUUACGACGAAGAGAACAAUCUGAAUCCGCUUUUGCGACGGUAAUCUUCCGAAGCUUCUCUCGUUCACAUUCUGAAGGAAGCAGUCUUCGGUUCAGUUACGAUUACAAGACUGAUAAAAGCUCAGAGAGUAUGAAAACAUCGACACUAACAGAGAUUGAAGAGGAAGAGGGAUCACUGACACCAAUCGAGAGAAAAUCGCGAAUCGAUUCUAUCGAUUCUGAGAAAACCCCGAUUCCACCACCAAGACGGCGGAGGACGCAAAGUCAAGAAGAGAGAAAAUCUCGACCAGACAGUGAGAUCAAAAUUUCCGAAGUGGAGCCCAUUCCACCGCCGCGAAAGAAAAGAAACUCUUCUGGAUCUCGAGAUCGAACCCCGUCAAGCAGAAAUUCAAAGGGAUCAAUUGAAUAUGUUGAGUUCAUCCCGAAAAUUUCUGUUGAAGGUGAGAAAACGGUAGCCGAACUUAGAGAUCAAAUCAGUCAUUUGACUGAAGAAAUCCAGGAAUUAGAUCUACAACCUUUAGAAGAGAAAGCCAAAGAAAAGACUGGGAAAAGCCUCAAAAAAUCGGCUUCUCCAAUAAAAUCCGAGGUAAUCGAUGAAACGGUGGAUAUAAGUUUUAGCAGAAAAUCGCAAAUUGAUCAUUUGAAUGCAAUCAUUAUUACAAAAGAUCAUCUAUCCGAUGCGGGAAGUACGCCAUUCCUCUUUGAUUCCGCUGAACUUCUUUGUUCUCCAAAUCGUUUAUCGAGAGCUUCGGCUAACUUUGAGGCACUUAAAAAUAGCUUUAUUCUUCAAAAUCAGCUAGACGGUCAAAGGCCAAGUUUGGUGAUUAAUGAAAAUAUGAAAGAAAUGAUUGCUGAUGCAAUGACAGAAGAUAUUGAAAAAGAUGAGAAGAAGUUGAUUGAAUUAUUGAAAGAAGAGCAAGCAAUCGAGAAAGAAAUGGAAGAGGUUGCAUCAAGGAAAUCAUCCGGAGAAUCGUUUGUGAUGGUGGAAAGUCCAGAAAGACAAGCAGAAAAGGAAGAACGAAGUGAAGAAAAACGAAAUGAAGAAGAGCAAAAUGAAGAAGUUUUCUUCGAGCAAACGUUUACGGCAAAGAAAUCGAUUGAAGAGACAGCGCUGAGAGAAAUCCCUGCAUAUAUAAUCGAUGAAAAUGAUGAAAAUGAUACUGGAGUUGCAUAUGAAGAGGGAAUGGAUUCAAAUGAAAUGCUUUUUGUGAUGGAAGCAAGAGAAUCCUCUGUAGAACUACCAGCAAAUCUCGCAGUUUACACCCCGGAGAUCAAAGAAGAAACGAACUCAGUGCAACUGGUUUGCGAGGAAUCCGACAAUGGAACCGAUACGGAGAACUCGGGAAUGAUGAGAGGACAAGCAACAGGUGUACAUUUGAUACGAUCACCUGAAUAUGAAGAUAUUCAUGAAGAGUUGAUGGAAGAGCUGAGACAAUCCGGACAUCAAGAUGCACAAAAAGAGAUCAAACAGCCAUCACAACGAAAAAGAUCGAUUGAUGAUAAGGCUAAGCCUCUAUUUUUAUUGUUUAAAGAUGAAAAUUAUGUGGUCGAUGAGUCGGAUCUGAAUUCUCAGUCAGAAGCGCUUAGCGUGAGUCAAACGGCGCCCGUCGCUCUAUCGACGAUCACAGAAAGAACGGAGAAUUCGACUGAUGGAGAGACACUGAAAAGACAUCAUUCCGAUGAUACAAUGCAUGUUGUUGUUGAUGAAAACGUGCUUUCUCAAAUGGAUUCAACUCUUUCACCGGAUCUCCUCUCUCCUGCAACACUCAAAGAAACUGAUAUCAUUAGUGAUGAUGAUAUCGAACAACCACUCACCAUUGAAACAAUCACAAAAGAGUUCUCUUUCCUCAAGAAAAGGCAACGCUGCAAAUUGUCAGCUGUCAUUCACCCAGAUGUUCGAAUUCGAGGCACAGCUAAAAUCAACGCUGAUAACUCGUUUGAUGUUCUCGUUGAGCAUAUCAAUCAGGAAUUUGAGUUUAAAGUCCAUGUCUACAAAGAAGUAACUGAUUACACAGCCUUGACGAUACUUGUCGAUGAUUUGUCGGAAAGCCAACCGUCAUUGAGAGCGAAUCUCGAUGAUUUCACGGAGACAUCAAGUUUUGACGAUUUCGAGGAGAUUCGUGAGCUCUCUGAUGAAGAAGAUUUGCAAGUAGAGAUCCCGGAAAUGACUGGAGUGACAGUUUCAAUCAUUGCAAGAAGUAUGAAUGAUAUUGUUGACGCGUCGUUGGAAGAGAUUCCAUGGGGAGAAGUCGAGAUGACCGUUCUUUGCAACGAGAAUUGCAAUGUGAUGAUUCAAAGUAUGGAUUCUGACUCAAAAAUGUCCGUUCAAUUCAACGUCACCGUUUCUGAAUCAACAGAACAAGAGAAAAAGAAGCUGAAAUCGCAAGACUCUUUCCGAAGUAGUAAAGGAUCGAUCGAUGAUGAGAAAACGGAGUCAGCGAUGAGCUUGAACAUUCCAUCGUAUGUGAUUCGACUCGGCUCAACAGCUACAAUCACUUGCGAGCUGAACAACUAUCUACCAUCGAAUUCGAAAAUCAAAUGGAUGAAAGGGAAAGAAAUUCUCGAGAAAUUGCCGGCUCGAGUCGAUCGAAUCUCUCACGAUCUUCUCGAGGUUCUCGUUAUUUCACAAGUUUCACUUGAUGAUACAGAUAUGUACAGUCUUGUAGUCAAUGAUGAAGCUUUUCCCGUCGCGUACUUGAUUGUCGAGGAGCAGCAAUCGGAAGAGGAUUUAGGAGAUCAAGAAGGCUACGCAAGUUUCCUUUCACCGGCACAAACACUUUUUGUAAUGGAUGGCCAACCGGCUGUGUUGAGUGUUCAGAUUUCCGACCCAAGGCAAAGAGUGCUUUGGUUUAAAGAAAGACGACCACUCCACGAGGGAAAUCGAUUACAUUUUGAGAGCAAUGAGGACGGUUUUCAAAAGGUGAUCUUCCCAAAGACGUCCACUACCGAUCAAGGGACAUAUUACGCGUAUCUUGGCGAGAAUUUCACAGCAAUCACCCUCGUUGUUGAAGAGAGAAUCGAUGAGCGAGAAGUGACCGUGAUCGCAUCGGGAACCGAAUCGGAACAAGAAGAAGAAAUGAGAGAAUACCUUGUUCCGCCCGGAUCCACAGCUACAAUUGCUUGUGAAUUAGAAGACUCCGAUAAGGAAAGAGAUCUUUUGUGGAUAAAAGAUGGAAGAAAUAUUGAUUUCACGAAUGAAGCAAAGGUGGAACAUGUUGUAAACGGAUUAAAGCACUACUUGGUCAUCCAUGACACUGAGCCAAUCGAUUCGGGGCUUUACUCGGUGGCAAUACAAGGAGUUGAAUUCAAAGUGGCUCAUCUUGCAGUCUCCGAUAUGGCGACGAGUCAAACGAAUUUGCGACGGAAACGAAUAUCGAAUACGUCUCUUGGUGAAGACGACGUGAAAGUCGAAGAGACCUCGGUGCCUGCCGGAGCUGUGGCGACAAUCAAUUGUGAAACGCUUGACGAACGACGAGAUCUCAUUUGGACAUUCAAUCGAUCACCAAUCAUUCAACCCGAUGACGAUUCACCGCGUCGAUACACCGUCGAGGAUUCGGAAGAUGCUAAAAAUCACAGUCUGACGAUCCUUUGUGUUUCACCGGAUGACGAGGCCGAGUAUGGAGUGCUGAUUGAUGGAGUGUACACUCCAGUGACACGAAUCGUCGUUAUUGAUGCCGAAGAAGUGAUUACCCAAUCGAUUCGUGAAGAUGAGGCCGAGUUCGAUCUGUCGCUCAGAUUGGCCCCAGAGAUUGACUCUGUUCAAGCGCUCGCUGAAAUCAAACAGGUUGAAAGAGCAGCCGAAGAGUACCAAGUCGAGGCGAUCAUUAUGGAAGAAAAAGAAAAAGAAAAAGAAGAAGCUGAAAGAGAACAAGAAAGAUUGGAUGACAAAACCGAAGCCGAUGCUCCAUCAUUUGGAGAUGCCGACUUUGAUGUCUCUCUUCGGCUUCAAAGUGAAAAAGAUAGCGUUCACGCGGUCGCUGAGGUAAAACAGGUAGAGGCAGCCACCGAAGCGGCUCUAAUCCGCGAACCAUCAACGGAUAGAAAUGAGCUUUUGUCUCCGGAUACAGGAAUCCCCACUGAAACCACGGAAAAUGAAACGAAUGCCGAAGUUUCGAAUACGCUAGCAUUGCUCACCGCCGAUACCGGAUUGGCCACUGAAGCGCCGAGUGAAGCGGCGGACAUCGAGUUGAUUGAUGGAGAAGAGGCGGCAGCUCUGAAAGCAGCAGCAGAACGGGUCGCCGAUUCCCUUGUCGAUCUUCUCUUUCAGUUCCCACAGCCGGAAGAGCAAAUCUUGGCUGAAAUGGUCGAGAUGAAAAUGGAAAGUGUUGAAGUUGGACUCAAAGAAGAGUCGCCUAUUGAGAAGAAGAAAUUUGUCCCAGCUCCUACUCCGGAUGUUGAGGAUUUCGCACAAAAAUUUGUUGAUCGUCUUUUCGAGGAUUUGAUGGAAAGCCUACCCUUUAUGGGAGUACUAAAAGAAGAAAAUCGUGAAGAAGAAAAUAGAAAUAUCAUUUCAUUGGAGAUUCCGAUUAUUCUGGAACCAGAGCAGCAGCUGGAAUCAGAAGAAAUCGAAAAAGAAAAAGAAAAGGUUGAACAGCAAGAAGAUUCGGAAAAGAUUGCGACCGAGCAGGAGCAACUCGAGCAGUUUGGCAAAGAGGAGAAAAUUGAGCAGCAUGAAGAAGAUGAAGAUGAAAAGACUCCCGAAGCCGAACCAGCACCGAAAAAGCCGGAUGUCGAUCUUUUGUUUAGAAGGCAGCCUGAACAACAGAGCGAUUCCCACGUUUUACCGACUCGCUCACAAUUGGAAAUGGCAAAGCAUCUCGAUGCGAUCACCUCGAUGGAGAACGAGUUGAACGUCGAACUGACAAUGGAAAGUGCUGAUCACGCUGAGAUUUUCAUCAGUCACGUGCUUUUCGAGGAAGAAGAGGAAGUCUCGCAAGCCGAGACGCUCACCUCACUCACUUCCAGUGGUGUCUACAAUCGACCGAUUUUCGUCGUUCAACUCAAGGAAUCUUAUGUCAUUGAGGAAAACGCACGAGUUGUAUUCAAAGUGAUUGUCAAGGGCAAUCCAUUGCCGGAAAUCGUUUGGUUUGUCAAUGGGAAUCCUAUCGAGAAGGCAAAUGACCAGUUCAACGUGGUUUCCGAGGAUGGAAUCUCGUUCUUGGAGAUUUUCGACUUCUCGUCAAGAUACGUUGGCGAAAUCGUUUGCGAGGCGACAAAUAGUGCGGGCAUUGAUGUGACAACGAGUGUACUCAAUAUUAAAACAAAGGGCAGUGAUCAACAACGCGAUGCGAUGUUCUUAUCGGGAGUCGAAAGAAGCGAAUCAUCGCGAACUUCAGCGUCUGUUGAUGAGCUUUCGAUCAGAACCGAUACGACUUCAUCAAGUGGAAUCGGCCAACCGCCAUACAUCACGAAAACUCUACCUGAACAUCUCUACAUAAAGAAAAACGAUCCAGUCACCCUUCGAGCUUCAUUCGGUGGGCAGCCAUUGCCUGAUGUGCAUUGGGAAAGAGACACUGAACCGAUUCCAACCGAUGGAAUCAACGCCAUCUACGAGGAUGGGAUUGCUGUUCUUAGAUUGGACCCCGAAACAGUCGUGCAGCCGACUCGCUUCACUGUCUAUGCUGAGAACGCAUAUGGAGUCACUUCAGCGAGCUGUGAUGUCAUUGUUGAAGACGAGCCUUCAAAAACCUCGAUCACAAUUGUGCACUCGGCCGACGGAGCGCCGGUCGUUCGUCAGAAAAGCGAGACGCCGAGUGAAAUGAGCACACUCGCACAGUCGCCGAGGCUCAUCCUUGCUCUACCACAAAUCGUCAAAAUUAAGGAAUCAGAAGGGAUCCGCCUUUUGGUGAAAUUCACCGGCCAUCCCCUUCCCGAUGCUGUAUGGUUUAAAGAUGGAGAAGCUAUUCCGGAGAAUUCACAAUUCCACGAAAUCAUCACCGAAGAUGGAAUCUCAUCGCUGAGAAUGAGACGAAUGCUGAUUGAGGAUGCCGGAGAGUACUCGGUUCAAGUGCAAAAUCAGCAUGGAAGUGUCAUUUCUGCAACGAGAUUGGAAGUUGAGCGUUUACCCAGUGAGGAUCUGACCACUUCGUCUUCAGCACUGGGACAAAAGCCCAUAUUUAUCACGAAACUUGCCGAAAAAGUCACAAUUGAGGAGUGUCAAGAGCUUGUGAUCCGUACUCGUUUCACCGGAGAUCCCCUCCCCGAGGUCGAAUGGUCGAAAGAUGAUGAAGUCAUUUUGCCAAGCGAAUUCACAAAAAUUGUGACUGAAGACGGAAUUUCGAUCCUCACUCUCAAAAAUAUCACACCCGAGGACUCUGGAAAGUAUUUGGUGCAUAUUCAAAAUGUUCACGGAUUUGUCGAAAGCGCGGGAAUGGUUGAAGUAACCCGUAUCAAAUCCGAAGAUCUCACCACUUCAUCGGGUGGCACUGAAGGACCGGUGAUCAUCACAAAACCCGUCCGGGAAAUCACUGUUGAGGAGCGACAAAGCUUCCAAUUGAAAUGCUCUUUCACUGGCGUUCCCCUUCCCGAUGCUUUCUGGUUUAGAGGAGAAGAGUUUUUGAUGAACUCGAGCAACUAUGACAUCGUUUGCGAAGAUGGAAUCACGGUGCUCACCGUGAAAAGCGCCGGUCCAAUGGAGAAAGGAGAAUUCACUGUGCGACUCUCGAAUCAAUUUGGAGAAGCCACAGCAACGACAGCUGUUAAUGUAAAAGCACCUGUGCGAGAAGCAAGCGAAGAUUUGACAACUACAUCUUCUGGUUUGGGUCAACCACCAAAGAUCAUCGUGCAUGCACCCGAGGAGAAAACAGUCAAGGAGGGAGACUCAUUCUAUUUGAAAGUGACAUUCAUUGGAACGCCGAUGCCCGUCACACAAUGGUACAGAGAUGGAGAUGCUAUUGGGAACUCAAGCAACUACACGAUCAUCUCCGAAGACGGUGUGACGAUUUUGGAAGUGAAACAGGCGACUCUUCAAGAAAAAGCUGUUUUCACCGUUCAUUUGAGCAAUCCGACCGGCGAUGUCGUGUCUAGAUGUCAAGUUUAUGUAAAACCAAAAGCUCUCUCCAAAUCAUCAUCUGCGAUUGGUCAGCCACCGAAAAUUGUAUCGCGAACCCCGAAAUCGAUCACUGUUGAGGACAAAAACACUUUUGAAUUGAAAUGCUCUUUUACUUCACAACCCGCCGCUGAAGUUCAAUGGUACAGACAUGGGCAACCAUUGAUUCCUGACAGCAACUACAUUGUCACCGUUCACGAAAGUUCGACCACUUUGAAAGUAAUCGAAGCAACGAUUUGGGAUCGAGGAGAAUUUGCUGUGAAACUGCAAAAUGUGCACGGAGAGGAGAUCUCAAAGACUGAUGUCAAUGUGAUAGGCGUCGAAGAGUUGAGACCGGUAACCCAAUUGGAUCAAGGUCAAGCUCCACAGAUCGUUUCACUCAUUCCCGAAAGCUUGGCCGUUUCGGCUUUCCCGUAUCAAUUGGUGAUUCCAUUCAAAGGAAAUCCUUCACCCGAACCCACUUGGACAGUUAAUGGAGAGAUUUUGUCGCCGACUCGCGUUCUUAAAUCGGAUCACGAAACCGUUUACGAAAUUCAACAAGAAAUCCUGCCCGCAACAAUCACAAUCAAUCUCAACAAUGAGUUUGGCUCUGUGCAAGCGAAGACUUUUGUUUUUGAUGAAACCAAAGUGCCCGUUGAACAGCGAGAACUGUCCGAUGUGGAUCUUCGUUUCAAACAACAAGAAGAAAUCGAUGAAAUUGAGGUGAUUGUGCAAACAAUUCGCGAGAAUCGUCAACAAACCGAAGUGCAAUUCGAUGAAGAUGAUGGAUAUCCAAUAGAAGAUUUGAAAGUGAUCGUUGAAUUGACGAGAAUACCCGAUAAUCAAGGAACGGAAGUGGCCGUCAGUCAGAUCAUAUUUGAAGAUGAUGAAGCUUCAACUAUUGAUGACACUCUCACUUCGAUCUCCAGCUCAAUGCUUUACACAGUCCCCGAAUUCACUCUUCAACUAGAGCCUACUGCUAAAAUUCCGCGAGAUCACUGCGGAUUCUUCAAAGUUUACGCCAUCGGAAUUCCGCAACCGAAAAUCAAUUGGUUCUUAAAUGGAAGCAUGCUUCGGUCGGAUAGUAAUGUUACCAUUACUUCCGAGGAAGGUGAGUCUUGCUUGAAGAUCCAAAACGUGAAUUCACACUGGAUCGGAACGUUGGCCUGUGAAGCAUCGAAUUCGGCUGGAUCGACGAUUACACAAACCGACAUUGAAGUUUUCGAGGAAGGAGUGAGAGACAUUGUCAUCGAGCUGAGCGGCGUGGAAGAGCAAGUGGAUGUCGAGGGAACGGUUGGAGUGCUCAAGGGUGCAAACACUCAAGCGUUGACUGGAGAUUUGCGCCGAAGCCAUUCCAUGGAAUCGCUUGACGUUUCUGAGGCCAGUUCUAUUUCAGCGGCAGGCCAAAUGCCGAAAUUUGUCACGACUUUGCCUGAAGAGUUAUUCACAACUGUUGCUGAAAACAUUCAACUCCGAUGCUCAUUCACCGGGCAACCACUUCCAGUUGUAACCUGGGAAAAAGAUGGACAUCUACUCGAUUUGUCUAGAUACCAAGUCGUUUCCGAAGAUGGGAUUACGAUGGUCCGAAUUCGAUCAACGACUCCCGGUGAUUCGGCUGUUUUCACAUGCACUGCCGCAAAUGCUUUUGGAGCUGUCACCACCAAGUGCAAGUUGACUGUCGAAGGGACUGAUUUGGAAACACGUGCCGUCCACAUUCGAGUCAUUUGCGACAAAGAAAAGAAUGACACCGAGCUUGAGGUUUGUGUGGACAAGGUAGAUACAGAAAAUGUGACCCGUACUGUCCGAUCGCCGCCUCCUCAAUCCGACACAUCACAGCGACCAUAUUUUGUCUUGGCACUCAAGGAUAAAAUUAUCAGCGAGACUCCGUUCAAGUUGAAAGCAAUUGUUCUUUCUGAGCCACUCGCUGAAAUCGAUUGGUAUGCAGAUGAAAAGCUGAUUGCUGAAAAUGACAAAAACUACGAAUCGACUUCGGAAGAUGGUGUGACCAUUCUCAAUGUUCUCGAAAUGCCGGAGAAAAGUAAAAAGUUCACGUGUGUGGCGAAAAAUAGAAAAGGGCAAACCCGAAGUUUGUGCAUUGUUAGCAAGCCUCAAGACUUGGUGCACAAAAAAGUGGAUUCUGCGUCCGAAAAAGAUGAAGUGAAUCUACAAGUGAACGUUGUGAAAGAUGAUGAUAGCGAACACUUUGUGGUGGAUGUUGAAGAAGAAGACGAUACCCGUUUCGUGGUGGUUUUUCAGGAGGGCGCCGAUAGAAACUAUCAAGAAAUAGAGUCGAUGAUGAUCGCCGAAGGACAAAAUUUGCAAAUCGCGGACGAAGAGAUCACUCAGUGCAAAGAUCAGCUUGUUCAGCUCUAUUUCGAGAAAGAUUUUGCGAAAGCUACAAUUGAUAUUGAGGUGCUUGAAAGUGGCUAUGAAAAGAUGGCCUUUGACAUCCACAAGGGAAAAAUCAUAGGAGGCAAAGGACAAAUGGAACCACCAAAGUCUCGAAGCAAUGUAGAAUCGAUAGUCGAAGAAAAACUUGACCGCGCGGUCCAAGAACAAGUCGAGAAGGCGGAAGAGCCGAAGAAGGCUGAGGAGCCGAAGAAGGCUGAGGAGCCGAAGAAGGCUGAGGAGCCAAAGAAGGAUGAGGAGCCGAAGAAGGAUGAGGAACCGAAGAAGGCUGAGGAACCAAAGAAGCCUGAGGAGCCGAAGAAGGCGGAAGAACCCCAGAAGGCUGAGGAACCGAAGAAGGCUGAGGAGCCGAAGAAGGCUGAGGAGCCGAAGAAGGCUGAAGAGCCGAAGAAGGCUGAGGAGCCGAAGAAGGCUGAGGAGCCGAAGAAGGCUGAGGAGCCGAAGAGGGCGGAAGAACCCCAGAAGGCGGAAGAACCCCAGAAGGCGGAAGAGACGAAGAAGGCGGAAGAGACGAAGAAGGCUGAGGAGCCGAAGAAGGCUGAGGAGCCGAAGAAGAAGGCUGAGGAGCCGAAGAAGGCUGAGGAGCCGAAGAAGGCUGAGGAACCGAAGAAGGCUGAGGAGCCGAAGAAGGAUGAAGAACCGAAGAAGGCUGAGGAACCAAAGAAGCCUGAGGAGCCGAAGAAGGCGGAAGAACCCCAGAAGGCUGAGGAACCGAAGAAGGCUGAGGAGCCGAAGAAGGCUGAAGAGCCGAAGAAGGCUGAGGAGCCGAAGAAGGCUGAGGAGCCGAGGAAGGCUGAGGAGCCGAAGAAGGCUGAGGAGCCGAAGAGGGCGGAAGAACCCCAGAAGGCGGAAGAACCCCAGAAGGCGGAAGAGACGAAGAAGGCGGAAGAGACGAAGAAGGCUGAGGAGCCGAAGAAGGCCGAAGAACCCCAGAAGGCUGAGGAGCCGAAGAAGGCGGAAGAAACCAAGAAGGCUGAGGAGCCGAAGAAGGCGGAAGAACCCCAGGAGGCUGAGGAGCCGAAGAAGGCGGAAGAAACCAAGAAGGCUGAGGAGCCGAAGAAGGCGGAAGAGCCGAAGAAGGCUGAGGAGCCGAAGAAGGCUGAGGAGCCGAAGAAGGCUGAGGAACCGAAGAAGGCUGAGGAGCCGAAGAAGGCUGAGGAGCCGAAGAAGGCUGAGGAGCCGAAGAAGGCUGAGGAGCCGAAGAAGGCUGAGGAGCCGAAGAGGGCGGAAGAACCCCAGAAGGCGGAAGAACCCCAGAAGGCGGAAGAGACGAAGAAGGCGGAAGAGACGAAGAAGGCUGAGGAGCCGAAGAAGGCCGAAGAACCCCAGAAGGCUGAGGAGCCGAAGAAGGCGGAAGAAACCAAGAAGGCUGAGGAGCCGAAGAAGGCGGAAGAACCCCAGAAGGCUGAGGAGCCGAAGAAGGCGGAAGAAACCAAGAAGGCUGAGGAGCCGAAGAAGGCGGAAGAGCCGAAGAAGGCUGAGGAGCCGAAGAAGGCUGAGGAGCCGAAGAAGGUUGAGGAUGAAAAAGAACCUGCCAUUCUCUCUGAAGCUGAAGAAGCAAAACCGAUUGAGAGUUACACGGAGCUGGUCUUUCAUGGCCUGGAAAAGACAGCAGGUCUAGAGAUUGAUUUGUUGAUGGAAACUCUCGAGCAAGUAGCGUUGAAGCUUGCCGGUGCAAGAAAGCAGAAACCAAGGGAAAUGGUCAAUGAAGUAGAGAAAGCCGAAAAAGUCAAAAAGGAUGAGGAGCCAAAGACCGAUGAAGUCGAGAAGGCGGAAGAGCCGAAGAAGGCUGAGGAGCCGAAGAAGGCUGAGGAGCCGAAGAAGGCUGAGGAACCAAAGAAGCCUGAGGAGCCGAAGAAGGCGAAAGAACCCCAGAAGGCGGAAGAGCCGAAGAAGGCUGAGGAGCCGAAGAAGGCGGAAGAACCCCAGAAGGCUGAGGAGCCGAAGAAGGCUGAGGAGCCGAAGAAGGCUGAGGAACCGAAGAAGGCUGAGGAGCCAAAGAAGGAUGAAGAACCGAAGAAGGCUGAGGAACCAAAGAAGCCUGAGGAGCCGAAGAAGGCGGAAGAACCCCAGAAGGCUGAGGAACCGAAGAAGGCUGAGGAGCCGAAGAAGGCUGAAGAGCCGAAGAAGGCUGAGGAGCCGAAGAAGGCUGAGGAGCCGAGGAAGGCUGAGGAGCCGAAGAAGGCUGAGGAGCCGAAGAGGGCGGAAGAACCCCAGAAGGCGGAAGAACCCCAGAAGGCGGAAGAGACGAAGAAGGCGGAGGAGACGAAGAAGGCUGAGGAGCCGAAGAAGGCCGAAGAACCCCAGAAGGCUGAGGAGCCGAAGAAGGCGGAAGAAACCAAGAAGGCUGAGGAGCCGAAGAAGGCGGAAGAACCCCAGGAGGCUGAGGAGCCGAAGAAGGCGGAAGAAACCAAGAAGGCUGAGGAGCCGAAGAAGGCGGAAGAGCCGAAGAAGGCUGAGGAGCCGAAGAAGGCUGAGGAGCCGAAGAAGGCUGAGGAACCGAAGAAGGCUGAGGAGCCGAAGAAGGCUGAGGAACCGAAGAAGGCUGAGGAACCAAAGAAGCCUGAGGAGCCGAAGAAGGCGGAAGAACCCCAGAAGGCGGAAGAGCCGAAGAAGGCUGAGGAGCCGAAGAAGGCUGAGGAGCCGAAGAAGGCUGAGGAGCCGAAGAAGGCUGAGGAGCCGAAGAGGGCGGAAGAACCCCAGAAGGCGGAAGAACCCCAGAAGGCGGAAGAGACGAAGAAGGCGGAAGAGACGAAGAAGGCCGAAGAACCCCAGAAGGCUGAGGAGCCGAAGAAGGCGGAAGAAACCAAGAAGGCUGAAGAGCCGAAGAAGGCGGAAGAACCCCAGGAGGCUGAGGAGCCGAAGAAGGCGGAAGAAACCAAGAAGGCUGAGGAGCCGAAGAAGGCGGAAGAGCCGAAGAAGGCUGAGGAGCCGAAGAAGGCUGAGGAGCCGAAGAAGGUUGAGGAUGAAAAAGAACCUGCCAUUCUCUCUGAAGCUGAAGAAGCAAAACCGAUUGAGAGUUACACGGAGCUGGUCUUUCAUGGCCCGGAAAAGACAGCAGGUCUAGAGAUUGAUUUGUUGAUGCAAACUCUCGAGCAAGUAGCGUUGGAACUUGCUGGUGCAAGAAAGCAGAAACCAAGGGAAAUGGUCAAUGAAGUAGAGAAAGCCGAAAAAGUCAAAAAGGAUGAGGAGCCAAAGACCGAUGAAGUCGAGAAGGCGGAAGAGCCGAAGAAGGCUGAGGAGCCGAAGAAGGCUGAGGAACCGAAGAAGGCUGAGGAGCCGAAGAAGGCUGAGGAACCGAAGAAGGCUGAGGAACCAAAGAAGCCUGAGGAGCCGAAGAAGGCGAAAGAACCCCAGAAGGCGAAAGAACCCCAGAAGGCGGAAGAGCCGAAGAAGGCUGAGGAGCCGAAGAAGGCUGAGGAGCCGAAGAAGGCUGAGGAGCCGAAGAAGGCUGAGGAGCCGAAGAAGGCUGAGGAGCCGAAGAGGGCGGAAGAACCCCAGAAGGCGGAAGAACCCCAGAAGGCGGAAGAGACGAAGAAGGCGGAAGAGACGAAGAAGGCUGAGGAGCCGAAGAAGGCCGAAGAACCCCAGAAGGCUGAGGAGCCGAAGAAGGCGGAAGAAACCAAGAAGGCUGAGGAGCCGAAGAAGGCGGAAGAACCCCAGGAGGCUGAGGAGCCGAAGAAGGCGGAAGAAACCAAGAAGGCUGAGGAGCCGAAGAAGGCGGAGGAGCCGAAGAAGGCUGAGGAGCCGAAGAAGGCUGAGGAGCCGAAGAAGGUUGAGGAUGAAAAAGAACCUGCCAUUCUCUCUGAAGCUGAAGAAGCAAAACCGAUUGAGAGUUACACGGAGCUGGUCUUUCAUGGCCUGGAAAAAACAGCAGGUCUAGAGAUUGAUUUGUUGAUGGAAACUCUCGAGAAAGUAGCGUUGGAACUUGCCGGUGCAAGAAAGCAGAAACCAAAGCAAAUGGUCGAUGAAGUAGAGAAAGCCGAAAAAGUCAAAAAGGAUGAGGAGCCAAAGACCGAUGAAGUCGAGAAGGCGGAAGAGCCGAAGAAGGCUGAGGAGCCGAAGAAGGCUGAGGAGCCGAAGAAGGCUGAGGAACCGAAGAAGGCUGAGGAGCCGAAGAAGGAUGAAGAACCGAAGAAGGCUGAGGAACCAAAGAAGCCUGAGGAGCCGACGAAGGCGGAAGAACCCCAGAAGGCUGAGGAACCGAAGAAGGCUGAGGAGCCGAAGAAGGCUGAGGAGCCGAAGAAGGCUGAGGAGCCGAAGAAGGCUGAGGAACCGAAGAAGGCUGAGGAACCAAAGAAGCCUGAGGAGCCGAACAAGGCGAAAGAACCCCAGAAGGCGGAAGAGCCGAAGAAGGCGGAAGAACCCCAGAAGGCUGAGGAACCGAAGAAGGCUGAGGAACCGAAGAAGGCUGAGGAACCGAAGAAGGCUGAGGAGCCGAAGAAGGCUGAAGAGCCGAAGAAGGCUGAGGAGCCGAAGAAGGAUGAAGAACCGAAGAAGGCUGAGGAACCAAAGAAGCCUGAGGAACCAAAGAAGCCUGAGGAACCAAAGAAGCCUGAGGAACCAAAGAAGCCUGACGAACCAAAGAAGCCUGAGGAACCAAAGAAGCCUGAGGAGACGAAGAAGGCGGAAGAAACCCAGAAGGCUGAGGAGCCGAAGAAGGCGGAAGAAAUUAAGAAGCCUGAGGAGCCGAAGAAGGCGGAAGAAUCAAAGAAGGCUGAGGAAUCGAAGGCCGAUGAAAUUCAGGAAGGAUGCCACCGG